GUCAUUCACCUUGAGAGUGAGGGGGUAGAAAAUACCCAUGGGUUAUAGUCCAUACUCCAUAGUACUCCGUAUUUGGCCUAUUUGCCAUCGAAUUAUCGAAGUACGCUAAUCCUAAUCUCAAGUACACCGUCAAAAAAAAAAAAAAAAAAAAAAAAAUCUCAAGUACACCAAGUUAGAUUCAAAUCUUAUAGUUUUGAAAUUUCAUCAGUCAAAUUUUCCAUCUUUUGACUGCUAUUUCUUUCCUUAAAUCGAAACCCCACCUGAAUUCACCGAAAUUGCUCGACAAUUAUGGUGAAUUUCAGGAUUUUGAAUCAUGGGUUUUCCUUAAUUUUGUGUUUUAUAUUAUUACAAUCUUCAAUUGGGUGUAUAGAUGCUAAAAAGUCCCAAUCUACUGAUGAAGCGUAUGUAACGUUGUUGUAUGGAGAUGAAUUCGUUUUGGGUGUCAGAGUUUUGGGCAAAUCAAUUCGAGACACUGGCUCUAAGAAAGAUAUGGUGGUUUUGGUUUCUGAUGGUGUUUCUGAUUAUGCCAAAACCCUCCUUGAGGCAGAUGGCUGGAUUGUAGAGAAGAUAUCUUUGCUGGAGAAUCCUAAUCGUGUUCGACCAACAAGGUUUUGGGGUGUUUACACAAAGCUUAAGAUAUUUAACAUGACAAAUUACAAAAAGGUUGUGUAUCUUGAUGCAGAUACAAUCGUGAUCAAGAGCAUUGAGGAGCUUUUUAGAUGUGGGAAGUUUUGUGCUAACUUGAAGCAUUCUGAAAGACUGAAUUCUGGCGUCUUGGUUGUCGAACCAUCUAAAACGCUUUUUAGCGACAUGCUCCAGAAAGUUAGUACCUUGCCUUCUUAUACUGGAGGGGAUCAAGGGUUUCUGAAUUCAUAUUAUGCUGGAUUUGCCGAUGCACGUUUAUUUGAUCCUAAUCUAUCAGCUGAAGAGUUGAAGUCUAGACCUGUUCCUGAGAUGGAACGUCUGUCUACUCUCUAUAAUGCUGAUGUUGGUUUGUACAUGCUUGCUAACAAGUGGAUGGUAGAUGAGAAAGAACUUCGUGUUAUUCAUUAUACUCUCGGUCCCCUGAAACCAUGGGAUUGGUGGACAGCUUGGCUGGUGAAACCUGUUGAUCUCUGGCAGGACAUUAGGCAGAGGGUUGAGGACUCACUACCAGGAACUGGGGGAGGAAGAAACCCUCAAGAUGAAUUUUUGGUCAAAGCUCUAUUUCUGCUUCCUUUCAUUGGUCUCAUAUUCCUGUACUACCGCUCUUUACUUCAGGCCUUCGAGUUCUUUGGUUCACUUUGUAGGCCAUCAUUUUGGGACCGUAUGAGACACCUUGCUGUCAGAUUAAGAACAGGUGUUCUUCCAUUUACGGCAGGCUCUUCUACAUCUACCAUGAAUUCCAAGCAACAGCUCUACAGUGGUUUGCUAGCCAAAGUACCUUGGUUUCUAGGAGGAAUGUCAAUCUCUGUGUGUCUUCUAGCUGUGGUUAUUUCUCUUGGACUGGCUCUUCUAAUCGUUCCACGACAAGUGCUUCCCUGGACUGGAUUGCUACUUAUGUAUGAAUGGACUUUUACAAUCUUCACUCUACUCUUUGGAGGUUAUUUACGGCUUAUUUAUCAGUGGGGAAAAGUCAACGCUGUCCAAGCAGGAUUAUAUUCUUCUGAUCCUGAAUCAUUGGACUAUGAUUAUGGAAAAGGUCAUCAGCGACAGGUGUUUUCUUAUGAUGCUGCAGUGCUGUAUUAUGGAUUGGGAAUGGCUUUUCUAGCAAUCGCAGUACCAUCAUUGCCUUAUCUUUUUGGAAUUACUGCUUUGUUUGUGAGACUAGGUUUGAUGGUUCUAGGAGGUAUAGUUUUGGCUGCUUUCAUGGCAUAUGCAUCAGAACACCUUGCUAUUCAAUCCUUUUUAAAAGGGCUUGAAGACCGAGAAACAUCAUGGUCUAGGCACACAUGUUGGUAAUGUCAAUUCGAUUAAUUUUUUUUUUCCUCCUGUAAGUUAAAAAUUUUGAUUGUUCCCCAGUAUUUAAUUUGUGUAGAAUAUAUCGAGGGGGAGUUUUAGUACGCCCCCCUGCCUAACUUGCGUGUUGUUGUAAUCUAGUAGUUUCAGGCAAAAUGAUUACAAACUGUAGAUAUCUCUGCUGCUUUUUUUGUUGUUGUUGGUUUUCAGAUGUACAUGACUCAGGUGCUAGAAUUUCUGAGCUACUCUUAUCAAUCUUAGCUGUAUUUUCUAUAUUCUAUUAUUCUUCGCAUUUUCGAAUUUGUUUA